ACUUUGAAGUGUAAAAUAAGUAUUUUGGUGGCUAACUCCGGCCAAAAUCUUGUUCGGCAAAGCCGGAAUCUCAAUGGCCGGCGACGAGACGGACGUUGAGAUCACCGUCAAGACUGUCGGACCAGUGCGACCUUUUCGGAUUCGAGUGCCAGCUGAAAUUAAGGUCGGUGAUCUGAAAAGAUUCGUGGCUGCGGAUCGCUGUCUUCCUGUUGAGCGAUUGAAGCUGAUCCUCCAUGGAAAAACCCUUCAAGAAAGGAACAAUGGCGGCAGUGAAGAUGUGCGCGUUAGAUUGCAAAACGGGGAUUCACUGAUGGUUGCUGUAAUGCCUAGACCUCCUGCUAAACAUCUCUGUGAUGAUUAUGAUGAUGAUGAUGACGACUUGUUCCACAUUCCUCAAACGGCAACCUGGUGGAAGAGAAAACUCUUUUAUCUCCUACAUGAAAGAUUGAGAUUACCUGAUAUGGUGCUGGUCGCAAUUUUCUCUAUCAGUCUUAAGGCAUGGGCUGGUAUCGUUCUCUGGUUUUUGUUAGCCCCAGUUGCGCAUAGAUGGGGUGUUGGGCCUUUAUAUAUACUUGGGACAGGUUUCUUAGUGAUACUUCUGAAUCUUGGAAAGAAACCACAUGGUGAACUUAGUGCAUAUUCCAUAUUCAAUGAAGAUUUCAGGGAGCUUCCUGGCACACUAAAUGCCGAUCGUCUCGAUCGCGACAUCAGAGCCGGACAGUUCUGAGCCAUCUGACUUCCAUUCAAAUGAUAAUUGAGCUGUACAGUUAGUCCCAUUUGCAAGCUAACAUCUCAUGUGAUUUGUAUUUUUUUGCAAAAUAUAAGCUAAUAAUGCUUGAAUGGCACCUGUGUUUGAGUGUAAGUCCAGACUAAAACAAGGGCAAUUUGAACUAAAUUCAAUGAAUUUCAGGCAAUUUAAUCA